AUGUCCUCUUCUUCUGACAAACUGUCGGCCGAUGACGUUCUCAACACGCUGGAAAAGCGAAACCGGUACAUCCUAACAUGCAUUUUGGUGUGCGGAUUCGCGUGGGCUCCAUUGGCAUUCACUGGUCUAUGCCCAUCGUUUGUCGUCAAGUCUCCUGAGAAUUCCAGUUUCAUCGGUGUAGCUGAUGAGUUCAAUUUAACAGGAGAAGCCACGUGGCUUGCCGACAGCACGACUACUUUCUAUAUGGUUGGAAAUAUGAUUGGUGGAAUGUUCAUCCCACCGUUGGCUGAUAAAUAUGGACGGUUGCCUGUCUUUGUGGUUACUGUACUUUUGAUGGCUAGCAGUGGGAUUCUUUCUGCGUUUUCGAAUUCAAUUCUGAUGUUCUGUAUAAUGAGAUUGAUUCAUGGAAUAUUCUAUACUGUAAGUUGGAUGAUUCAUACGGCCUCCGGACUAGCUGGUUGGGUUCUUGGCUAUGAGAAUACUCCUCUCCGUCUCCGAUUCUUUACUUCUGUCUAUUACGGAUUGAUGUGGGUCGUUGGAGCAUGUUUAUUGGCUCUUCUAGCCUAUAUUCUACCGGAUUGGAGAUAUCUGAUGUUCUGUAUUUCGUUUCCCAACCUUUUUGUGGCGAUUCUUAUUUAUAUGACAGUCCCUGAAAGUCUUCACUAUCUGGUUUCAAGUCAGCAAACUGAGAAAAUCGAAGCAUGGCUCGAGAAGAUUCGUGGACCAAAAGGAGACAUAACAGCGAUGGAUAUUGUCGAGAUUCAAGAUCCAAAAGGCUCCAGUUUCAAGAGUCUAUGCAGGGAAAUGUGGAAGCACAAAAUGUUUAUUGUUUACAUCUUUGUUAUGACCUAUUUGUGGAUCGUCGAUACUUUUAUCUAUUUCGGAUUGGCAUUCUACUCGAAAAACCUUGCUGGAAACAUCUAUUUGAACUUCGUUCUUAUGAGUCUUGUGGAAGCUCCAGCCUACGUUUUCUCUCCGAUUUUUAUGAACAAAUACGGAAGAAAAGUGCUCAUUUCGGGAACUCAUAUUAUCGCUGGGUUGUCGUUUUUGGGCAUCGUUUUGUCGUCUGAAGAAUGGCACAUUCAUUUCUGGCUUCUUGGGAAAUUCGCGAUUUCUUGUUCUUUUAUGAGCAUUUACAUGUUUGCUAGUGAGAUCUUUCCCACUGAUGGUAGAAACAAGUGCAUUGGUUUCUGUGAGACAUUGUCGAGAUUCGGAGGAAUGCUUUCUCCGUAUUUGUCUCACUUGACCGCAGUUCAUGCUCUAGCACCUGCUAUCACCCUAUCACUGAUUGCAGUUUCUGGCGGUUUGCUAACUCUUGUCCUUCCCGAAACACUCAACACAAAACUUCCUUCGACAAUCGCUGAAACCGCCAGUCGCCGACAAUUGAUUGAUAGAAGCGAUUCAAACUCAAACUAG